CAUCGAAGAUGUUACAAACGCGGCUAAUGAUUCUUUCCGUACUGCAUUUAUAUGUCUGUCCAUUGGCCAAGUCACUGAUGCUCCGAGUGCCCUUGGAAGUGCAGUCUAAGCCUUUGGCUAGUCAGCAAUUUCAUAGCUUUCUCGCGACUGAGACGCUGAAGUUAACGCUGGAUAAUAAAAUGAAUAUGGAGUAUUACGGACGCAUAAGCAUGGGCACGCCGCCGCAAUUGUUCAGGGUGAUCUUUGACACCGGCUCGGCCAACACGUGGCUGCCUUCCAGCAAUUGCCCUGUGAGCAAUGCCGCCUGCCAGCUGCACAGUCGGUACAAGGCGCACAAGUCGAAGAGCUAUGUGCAAAAUGGUCACAACUUUUCGCUGGCCUAUGGCAAUGGCCAUGUGAGCGGUUAUCUGUCGCAGGACACGAUACGCAUAGCUGAUGCAGUUGUGCCCGGCCUGACCUUCGGAGAGACGUUGUCCCAUUAUCAGCCAGCCUUCAUCACGACGACCUUUGACGGCAUUGUGGGCCUGGGCUUCAGCCAAAUUGGCUGGCGUAAUACGACUCCCUUCCUUGAGCUGUUCUGCCAGCAGCAUCUGUUCCAGCAGUGCCUGUUCUCAGUCUAUCUGCGACGCAUGCCUGGCGAGUUGUAUGGCGGCGAAAUCACAUUCGGUGGCAUAGACGAAUCCCGCUAUACGGGCGACGUGCACUAUGUGCCACUGUCCAGGGUCGGCUACUGGCAAUUCGAGAUGUCUAGCGUGUCUGUAGGUAAUAGGCAAAUUGCUAAGAAGAUUGAAGUUAUUUUGGACACGGGCACUUCACUUAUUCUGAUGCCCAUUGACAUCUUUGACGAGUUGCAGACAGCGAUGGGGGCCCUAAUUGAAAAUGGAACGAGUGGAAUUAGCUGUCAGGGCGAGAAUCUGCAAGAUAUUCACUUCCAUAUCGGGGAGAAGAAGUUUACUUUCACCCCCGCAGACUAUGUGGUUAAACUAGAAACUUCUAAUACAACGAUCUGUGUAGGUGGAUUUUUACCAAUUUACGAGAGCUUCUGGGUGCUGGGAGAUAUAUUCUUGACGCGCAUUUAUACCGUCUAUGAUGCGGACGCUAAACGUGUAGGAUUAGCCGAUGCAGUCUCAAACGAGAAUUAGCAUAAGAAUUAAAAGAAAGCUUAAAAUAUUCAUAG